AUGAGUUCAUCUCUCCUGCUCUCUAGUCCGCGUUCUGAAGAAGAGAAACCCAUUGCUGUCUUGUGGGGCUGCGAGCUGAACACCAGCACCAGGAGGUGUGUGGUGAUGGAAGAAGACGACUUCUUGGAACACCUGGUGUUACUGAAAACGAUCUGUCUCAGUGCAGAGGCCAAGGACGAACCGCACGUGGUGGCAGUAGCUUCAAAAAACACCUACGGUGACAACAGGGCAGUGCCCAUCGCUUCACUGAGGCUCUCUGUCCUACCCAUGAUCAGUCUUGAUGGCUUUGAAUUUAUCCCUCCUGUUGCCUUUGAAUUAAAGUCUGGAACUGGGCCAGUUUAUCUCAAUGGACAACAUCUAAUCUUGGAAGAUGAUGCAGAAUAUGAAGCCAGAGGAGGAUGGCUAGCAGAGGAGUCGUUCUCUUCAGCUGUUGUGGAAGAAGAUACAAUGUUUCGUGUGAACUUGUCUGAGGGCCCCGAUCCGGUAGGUGGCCUUUGA